AUGAAACUCACUGGCUUGAGACCUUAUCUAUCUUAUGAAUGGUUCGGCGUCUCGGCUUCCUUUGACCCGGCAUGUAGGCUUGUAACAUCUCCGUUCUUUUCUCCUCCGAGUCUCGGCGCACUUCGUCUGCUAUUUGCUGUUUAUUCGCUCGUUACAACAAUCACCGUCCUCGUUUUCGAGUCUGUUCGAUUUCACGACGGUAGUAGUUUUUUUUCCUACUUCACUGAUCUCAGUUACAUCGGCCUUGUCGCAUACCUCUGGGCCUCUAGCAUUCAAACCAUAGUAUUUGUUUUGCGGGGACAGAAGGCAUAUCCUUUGCAAAUGCGACCACGGAUUCUACAACUCUUGCACGUCCUCCUGUACACCACCAUCACCAUAUUCCCAAUCAUCGUGACUGUUGUUUUUUGGACUCUACUCGCUUCUUCAUCGACUUUUAGUACCCGGUACUCAGCUUGGUCCAACAUAUCCCAACAUGCCAUGAAUAGUGGCUUCGCUCUAUUUGAGAUACUCCUGACGAAUGCCGGUCCUAGUCCAUGGAGCCACAUCGUACCAUGUUUUGUCCUUUUUGCGUGUUACCUCGGUGUUGCGUAUAUAACACAUGCAACGCAAGGAUUUUACACUUACAGUUUCCUUGAUCCAUCAGUACAGCACGGACUUUUAGCCGCUUACAUCGUUGGCAUAGGUGUUGGUUACUGUAUUCUCUUCACGAUCGUGAAGGGUAUCUGCACAUUGCGAUGCCGUUUGGUCUCGCCUUCCCGUUUGGACCCUCCUGAACAAGUACAAUCUGAAGCUUUAGGAGAGUGGGAACACAUUGAUGUCGAACAGACGAAGGAGUCAACUGGAUCUGAAGCUUAA